AUGGGAGGGAAGGAUGGUGCCGUACCAAUUGGCGACAUCGAUAUUCGGGACGAUUUUGGAGAUUUGGAUUCAAAUCAGAAAGAAUGGAAUGCCCUGAGUCAUUGGUUGCAGAAGCAGGACUUAGUAAAACUGGAGCUGCCGGCCGACCUCGAUAUUGAGAGGUGCCCGGCCACAAGUGUAUGGGGCGAUGGAGAGAGCAGGACAUUCGCGCGGAUGACUGUCGUAAAACGGUUCAACUCACGGAAACUGCCGCAUCUCCUGGAGAUGGAGAAUUCAGACGGAGAAAUCCUACA